AUGGGCUUUAAAAUCGAAGAGAUAGUGCAUCCCGAUGAGCAGCGCUUUGCGGGACAGUUCGUGUGCAGCGUGUGCUUGUGCAUCAUGAGUGAGCCCAUGCAGACCAUCUGCGACCACGUUUUUUGCAGCGACUGCAUCACUCCGUGCCUGGCCUGCCCCAGCUGCCGCACUCCACUGGCAGCCAAAGACCGGCGACCGUUGCGGGAGUGCAACCGCCCGCUGCUGCGGAUGAUGCACGACCUCAAGGUCUGGUGCCCAUACCACCGGCACAGCAAGGUGGUCAAUGUCGAUGCCGUGGAGGAGGGCACUUUGGCAGGCGAGUCAGCCGGUGGACGCUCGCCCAAGAGGCAGCGCUUGGACGAUUCGGAGUUCUGCAGCUGGGAGGGGAGCUACACUGACCUCCUGGCCUCGCACCUUGCGGAGUGCCAGCUGCACCUGGUGCCGUGCCCCCAGUGCGGGCAGCGGCUGCGGCGCCGGAAGCUGGCGGAGCACGGGCCCAGCUGCCCCAAGAACUUUGAGGAGUGCCCCAUCUGCAGGGACGAGGUGAAGUGCGGAAACAUGCUGGCCCACCGCAAGGAGAAAGCCGAGUUGCACGUGCAGUUGCUGGAGGCCAAGCUGCUUGAUGCUGGAGACGGCGUGGAGGACCUCUGCAAGGAGAUCCGUAACAAGCUGACGGAUUUGCAGUCCGACAGCCAGCGCGCCACCAAGCUGGACCGGGUGCAGGCGGAGCUGAAGCGACACAUGUGCUUGCAGACGGAGUUGCUCAGCAAGACUCUGAAGGACGUGAUGAAGAAGGGCAUGACGCAGAUAUGGGAGAUUGAAGGGGUCCCGAGCCUGCUGCAGAAGUACCCCCGCCGGGGGUCCUUGGAGUCAGAGAAGUUUUGCCUGGGCGCCCAUGGGCCCUUCUUCAUCCAGUUUUACCCGAAUGGGGACGCUCAGUCGCAAGCAGGGAAGUGCGGUCUCUUCCUCUGGGGCCCGGACUCCAUCCUAGUGAAGGCGCGCUGGGCGCUGAACGCUCAAGAGCGGUUCAUCGACUUCGGGCCGGUGAAGACUGGCUGGGGCAGCUCCGACAUGUUCCUGACCCCGUUGGGCUGCAGCACUGUGAAAAUCUCCGUGGAGGUGCUGGAGGUGGUCCGCCACAUGAAGACCAUCAUUUGA